AUGGCGUCCCACGGUGUUUCUGCUGGGGAACUUACAACUAUUAUAAAAAAAGAAUCAAGUAUUUUAUUUGAAAGCUUAUUUUCUGAUAAAGAUAUUAGAAAAUUUCAUAAUAAUCCAAUAUAUUUUUGGAAUAAUUUACAAAAUGAAGUGCCAGAAUUAUCAAUUUUUACUGCUCGCAUAAUGUCAAUACCUCCUACUUCAGCUGAAUGUAAAUAUUUUUGUUGUAUUCGUUGGCACAUGAUUCAAGAUGAAAAUAUUAAAAAUCAUGAUGCUAAAAAGUCUCAAGCUAUUCAACAAUUUAACAAUAAUGAAAAUGAAAACGCUGAUAAUGAAUCAUUUGAUCUAGAAAAUGAAGAUGAGUUUUAUAAUUUAGAACAAUUAGAAAAUCUGGAAGAAAACAUAAUGAAAACAAUUGAAAAUAUCGAAGAGUUUAAUGCUAAUGAUGAAAUUAUUUACAACGAAGCAACUAGUGAAUGUAGUACUCAAUCUUCAUCUCAAGUCAACUUUCAGUCUGAAAAUACUUUAGAGAAUUGGUUUCUUCUUGAAAAAUUUGACAGCAUUUUGCUUUAA